GAUGGUCAACCAGGCAAAGAAGCCAAGGGAGAAACACGACGGCAUAUCAAUGUCUUUUGUUAACUAGAGUCCUAACACGUCUAAUCAGUGACAGGGAACCUACGAUGUCUCUGCAUGAUCUUGUUGGGAAGUUUCAGAUAAAUAGAAUCUCUGAAAUGAUUGGAAAGUGUUGAGAAUUUUACCAAUGAGGAAAUGAUUGACAGAGACAACCAUGACACGGUUGUCUAUUUCUUCCACAAACCGUGGGAUAAUGGCUUCCAAGGAUAAAGGGUAUAAAUAUCACUACUGUCCAGCAUUGUAGUAGAUACCAUCAAUAGCUUUCUCUUCUGACACCAUCAAUUCCUCCCAAUCCUGGAAACAUGACUGAGAUGUCUUGUUCUUCUGAUAACAUUGUGGCUGCAGGUUUGAGGCGUCUUGAUGUCCCUCUUAGCAUACACAAAAGAAGAUGGCGCUCAGCGUUUUUUGCCAUUUACUGUUCUCGAGCCUUCCUGCCAGUUUUCCCAUCAUGCUCAGACAACAACGGUUUCAAAGUAGACCAAAAAACCCUCACUCAGCUUGUGAAGCAUAAAAGCCUUGAUCGGCUCCAGGAGUUAGGAGGUGUUGAAGGGGUAACAUCAGCUCUCAAAAUCGAUGCAAAGCUUGGAGUUUGCAGUGAUGCUGAAGAUGUUGAGCACCGGGUUGAAGCAUUUGGUUCGAAUAGAUACGAUACAGCAGCAGCCAGAAAGUUCUUCCAUUUUGUGUGGGAAGCAUGCCAAGACCUCACAAUUAUCAUUCUUAUGGCAUGUGCUGCACUUUCUCUUGCUAUUGGCAUCCUAGAGCAUGGAUUACACGAAGGCUGGAGUGAUGGUGGAAGCAUAUUUCUCGCAGUCAUUCUGGUGAUUUCAGUGUCUGCCAUAAGCAAUUACAGGCAGCACAUCGAGUUUGACAAGCUGUCAAAAGUCGGUAGCAAUCUCCAAACUGAAGCUGUGAGAAAUGGCAUGAGACAACAGAUUUCAGUAUUUGAAAUUGUGGUUGGAGAUGUCAUUUGCUUAAAGAUUGGAGAUCAAGUUCCAGCUGAUGGGUUGCUCUUGGAUGGAAAUUCAUUGGAAGUAGACGAGGCGAGCAUGACAGGUGAGAGUGAUCAUGUCGAAAUCAACCAACGCCAGAACCCCUUCUUGUUUUCUGGCACCAAAGUGGUUGAUGGCUGUGGUCAGAUGCUUGUCACUUCAGUCGGCAUGAACACAGCUUGGGGCGAAAUGAUGAGCCAAAUCAGUAGUGAUACAAGUGAACCAACACCUCUACAAGCUCGCAUCCAUGGGCUUGCCUCCUCAAUAGGUAGAGUUGGUCUGCUUGUAGCUUUGUCAAAUCUCGUACUCUCAAAGAUAUACUACUUCAUUGGAAAAACCAAGGACAUUCAUGGCAAGAAGGAGUUCAAUGGGAGCAGAACCAAAGUGCGUCACAUAAUAAUGGCCAUGGUUGGGAUGGUAGGAACUGCAGUUACAAUUGUCGUGGCUGCAAUUCCAGAAGGUUUACCAGUUGCCAUGACGAUUACUUUUUGUUAUGCUAUGAAGAGAAUGAUGGCUGAUAAAGCAAUGGUUAGAAAACUCUCAGCAUGUGAGAUUAUGGGCUCUUCUACCACCAUUUGCACAGACAAGACAGGAACUCUCACAUUGAACCAGAUGAAGGUGGCCAAGUUCUGGAUAGGUGAAAACCCCAUGGAAGAAGCCUACUCAUCAAUUUCAUCAAGUCUUCUUUGCUUGAUACAAGAAGGGGUUGCUAUGAACACAACCGGUUUUGCUUCCAGACACAUGUCAGGAUCUGGAUUGGAACUUUCAGGCAGUCCUACUGAAAAAGCUAUUCUUUCCUGGGCAUCCACGGAGCUGCAUAUGGACAUGGAUACACUGAGAACAAAUUGUGACAUUGAAGGUGUUGAAGUCUUCACUUCACAGAAGAAAAGGAGUGGGGUUGUUAUCAAGAGGAAGGUAGACAACACAAUGCGAGUACAUUGGAAAGGAGCAGCAGAGGUGAUACUAGCAAUGUGCACAAGAUACCACAACGCCUCUGGAGAUAUAAGUGAUAUGGAUGAUGGUGCGAAGCAAGAACUUGAGCGUAUUAUUCAAGGCAUGGCAGCUAGUAGCCUGCGAUGCAUUGCAAUUGCACACAGAGAAGUAUCGCCAGAGCAAGUGGUUCCAGAAAACAAGACUUUGCUUAAAGACUACGGCUUGACCCUAUUGGGACUUCUGGGUCUUAAAAAUCCAUGUCGGCCAGGAGUGAAGAAAGCUAUUGAGGAGUGCCAAAAUGCAGGAGUAAACAUCAAAAUGAUCACUGGGGACAACAUUUUUACUGCAAAAUCGAUAGCCACAGAAUGUGGAAUACUCAAGCUUGGGGAGGACACAAUCAGUGAAGCUGUGAUUGAAGGAGAGCAAUUCCGAAACUACACACCAGAAGAGAGAAUGCAGAAAGUAGACAACAUACGUGUCAUGGCAAGGUCAUCUCCUUCUGAUAAGCUUCUUAUGGUAAAAUGUUUGAAGCAGAAAGGUCAUGUGGUUGCAGUGACUGGUGACGGCACAAACGAUGCUCCUGCAUUGAAAGAAGCUGAUGUAGGUCUCUCUAUGGGGAUGCAAGGCACUGAAGUUGCAAAGGAGAGCUCAGAUAUUGUUAUCAUGGAUGACAAUUUCGACUCAGUGGCCAAAGUUUUAAGGUGGGGAAGAUGUGUGUACAAUAACAUCCAAAAGUUCAUCCAAUUCCAACUCACCGUUAAUGUUGCAGCUCUUGUAAUCAACUUUGUAGCAGCAGCUUCAGCAGGUGAGGUUCCCCUAACAGCAGUUCAAUUAUUGUGGGUGAACUUGAUUAUGGACACACUCGGCGCUCUUGCCCUUGCGACAGACAAACCCACAAAAGAACUCAUGGAGAAUCCACCGGUGAGCAGAACGGAGCCUCUCAUCACCAACAUCAUGUGGAGGAACCUUUUACCUCAAGCAUUGUACCAGAUAGCAGUAGUACUGACUUUACGAUUCAGGGGAAACACAAUCUUUGGUGUAGAUGAUAAGGUACAAGAUACCUUGAUCUUUAACACAUUUGUGCUCUGCCAGGUCUUCAAUGAAUUCAAUGCAAGGAAGCUUGAAAAGAAGAACAUUUUCAAGGGACUGCUCACCAAUAAGAUCUUUUUGGGGAUCAUUGCAUUAAUAAUUGUUCUGCAACUGGUAAUGGUGGAACUUCUGAAUAAAUAUGCAGGUACAGAGAGGUUGAACUGGGGGCAAUGGGGCAUAUGUCUUGGAAUCGCGGCCAUCUCUUGGCCACUUGGUUGUGUUGUUAAGUGUCUGCCUGUUCCACAGAAACCUAUUGUCAGCUAUCUGGAUGUAAAGAAAUAUAAGAACUCAAGUUAAACUUUGCCGAGAAAACAUCAUGCAUUUUUUAAGAUAAGCUGUGGAUAACUAGAUAUGUAAAUAAGAUAUGUGGUAUGUAUCAGAAUUAAAGUAUUUGAUUUGGCUAUAUUAAAUAUUGGUGGUGCAAGUAUUCAGAUUCAUUAUAGAGUACAGAUUUGAGAAUGCAUAGCUCUAUAUUCUUUUUGAUAGCUGAAACUGCAAACUUAAUCAAGUGAAUACAUAACAUCAUAAGUGAACAUGCAUUAAGAGGUACCAGACUCCUGGGAAUUAAUAAUGAAGCUCAUCCUCCAUAGUUCCAUGGCCCCAUAAAACGAAAUAAGUCAACAUUGAAGUCCAUCUUCCAUAACAGCUAAUCACUCUGAAAAACACCCUAGACAAGACCGUGAUAACACUUUCUCUAUCCAUAGAUCAACUUCCCAGCAAGAUUACAACAAGAUUUGGCUGACCACUUCAAUAUGGAUCAACUUCCUAGCUUGUUAUGGUUAUUUGGGGCU